CUCCCUCCCACGCCGUCCCUAUCUCCACCCUCUCCCUGGCAUCUUCCCAUCGCCGCCCCUCUCAUCUCCCUCACGCCCUCUCUCUGGUGCUGCAGCUCGCCCCCCCCCCUCUCCUCACCAUCUCCUCCCUGGUUCCCAUGGCGCCCUCCCCUUCUUGGUGGCCGACGCCCCCCCUCUCUCUCCUCUUGGCGACGACUGGGCAACAUGUGCCCAGGUCUUCUUGGGACCCUUCGCCGGCGACAAGCACCACCAGCAUCGCGUCACGCCUGCUGCUUGUACGUGCGUGCUCUCUCCGUCACGCGUCGGGGGUGGAUUGGAUCAGAGCCGAUCAAGUGCGGAGAACACCACGCCAGGGGUGCUUCAGAUGGCAGUAAAGUCAGUACUCAGUCAUGGCUUCUUAAACUGUAUGACCCUAGAAAUCUAAACUUUUGGGGCUAUUUAGGUGCAUGUACAUCUACUAACAGUCAUUUAAAAACUUAUAAUAUUUUAGUCAGAUUAGAUUACAUAUGCUUUUAGCAUUUGUUUUAUUGUUUAAUAAUUUAGAACAUCCUUUUGUCAAGCUCAUGUCCAGCCACAAACUCACAAUUUACAGGUUCAGUCAUGAAUGGGCUUCUCAUGAGCUUCCCUAAGUGAUGCUUCAUAUGUUUUCUAACAUGCAACAUCUCCCGAUGUUAUCCAUGUACUUGAUAUAUCCUUAGAAGUCAGAGAUGCAGAAGUCUGAUCAUCAUGAGCAGAAGCUAACUUCACCAAGAGGGUUAAUCCAUAAGAUACUUCGUCGUACAAAUAGCAGGCGUUCUCCCACUGCAGCUGACCAACAACCUUCUCCUGUAUCUCCAGAAACAAGCAACUCAUCAAUAUUCUCAAAGCAAAAGGAUGUUGAUGAUGCCAUCAAGGAUUCAGAAAAGCUGAGCACACAUACUAUCAGAAUUGAAGAUGAGAAAUCUGAUUUGCUAGGGUCUGAAAUUUAUUCUGGAAAGCUUACAUUAGAUAACAAAACAAAAAGUUCAUCAAAUGAACAGUCUGGAUCAGGAUCUAGUAGCAAUUGCUUUGAUGCUAGGCUCAGCACUGAAGCCCUAAUAUGGGGUUCUAACAUCCUUAAGCUUGAGGAUAUUGUAUCUGUAUCAUAUAAUUAUGGUCUCCGGUAUUUCACCGUGCAUGCUUGUCCUCUUGAAAAAAUAUCCAGUGGACUCUCCUGCUUUAUGAAGCCUAGAAGAACCCAAACGGACUUGAAGUUCGUAUCCUCUUCUCCGCACGAGGCCUUUCGGUGGGUUAAUAGUUUUGCGGAUCAGCAAUGUUACGUAAACCUGUUGCCUCACCCCAUGGCAUCUAGCAAGAAGCAUUCUUCUGAACUCAUUCAGUUUGAUGCCAUGUUUGAUCCUUAUGUUAAAUGUCAGUCUCCACCAAAGAUACUUGUCAUCUUGAAUCCUCGAUCUGGACAUGGUAGAUCUAGCAAAGUUUUUCAUGGAAAAGUGGAACCCAUAUUUAAGGUUCUGCACAACAGGACUUCCUAGCGAUGUCACCGUUGAGGUUGGGGAUAUGUCUUUCCACCUUCAUAAGUUUCCUUUACUUUCAAAAAGUGCCUUUCUUGAACGGUCAAUUGAAGAAAAUUCUGACUAAGAAGAAUGCAUCAUCAAACUAAAUGACAUUCCUGGGGUGCCAAGUCAUUUGAGCUAGUUGCAAGGUUCUGCUAUGGGUGUGAAAAUAGAGCAUCAAAAGCUACUAGAGUGAACAAAUGCUUUUGUGACUGAUCAGCUCUGGAGCAGCUAGAGUGAUGUAGUUGUGGGCUUUUGAACAAUAGCUGGAGUGAUAUAAAACAUUAGUGAUGUAGUUAUGGGCUUUUGAACUACUUCAAGCUGGAGUGAUGUCGCUGUGGUGCUUUUGUGACUGAUCAUCUCUGGAGCUUUUGUGAAUGAUCUAGCUAGCUAUCCGUAAAUGAUCUAGUUGUGAAUGAUAUUAUAAUUGUGAUGCUUUUGUGAAUAUAUAAUUGUGGUGCUUUUGU